AUGCGUGAAAAGACACGUGAUCGUAGCAGCAGCAGCAGUAGUAGUGGUAGCAAUUAUGUUUCUCGUUGCUACCGUUCGUAUUUGCCGUUGUGCGAAGGGCUUUUGAUUGUGAAGAUCUGGUUCCAGAAUCGGCGAACAAAAUGGAAGAAGCAGGAAAAUAUUUCAAACGCUGAGGCGGCAGAGCAUAAGAAUGCUUUGGUGCGUGAGAAUCAACGAGAAUGCGGCGGCAAUGGUAGUGGUGGUGCUGGUAGUGGUGGUAGUGGUGGUGGUGGUGGUGGUGGAAGUAAUGGUAGCAGCAGUAGUGGUAGUAGUGGUGGUAGUGGUGGUGGUGGUGGUGGUGGUGGUGGUGGUGGUGGUAGUGGAGGUGGAUCAUGUGGCAGUGGGCGUGGCGGAAGCUCUGGCGGUGGUGGUGGCGGUGGUGGUGGUAGCGGAAGUGGGCAGAUGAACAACUCUAGUAAUCCAAGCCAUCAUCAUUCACAGCAACACCAUCACCAUCAUCACAGCAGCAGCAGCAGCAGCAGCAACAACAGCAGUAGUAGUAACAAUAACAACAACAACAACAGCAGCAACAGUGGUAAUGUCAACUCUAAUAACAGCCAUAACAGCCAUAAUAGCCACCACAGCAACAACAGCAACAGCAGUACCGGAAGUCGCAGCAGAACUAAUAGUCCGAGUCACAUGAUCGGCAAUGGCGCGGGUGGGGCGAAUGUGUAUUCGUCUUUACCACCGUCGCCACCAGGGCAUCCUUCGUCAGCGAUGAUGCACCAAGUGCAACAGCAGUAUCAUCAUAAGCAACAGCAGCUGUCGUCGUCGUCGUCGUCAUCGUCGUCGUCUUCUUCUUCUUCUUCUUCCGCUUCUUCAUCGUCGGCCAUGUUGGGAUCGGCGACAACAGUGUUACCGCCGCCGCCGACCAUCAAUGGCCCGAAUCUUUCUUCACGGCACCCUCCCCCACCACCCCCUCCGCCGAUACCCACUCUUCCGCCCCCUCCUGGGGUAACGCCACUGCAAUUCGCGCACAUGACGUCGUCGAAACAUCACAUGCAAAAUCUUCAAACGCAGCAGCAGCAACAUCAUCAUCACCAGCAGCAGCAGCAGCAUCUUCAUCAACAGCAGCAGCAACAUAAGUUAUCGUCGCAUCAUCAUCAACAGCCGCCACCGCCUCCCUCACUGCCGCCUCUUCCGCCGCCGUUGCCACCUUCCCCACAACAGUCUCCAUCGCUAAUUCCACCCCCUCACCAACAACAUCAUCAUCAUCAGCAACAACAACAACAGUCGAGAUCACCAAUACAUCAUUCCCCCAUGUCCCCACAGUCAUCACUAUCGCAGCAACACUACACCCAUCAUCAGGCAUCACAACAACAACAACAACAACAGCAUCAUCUAAAGCAACCGCGCUCUCCAAUACUGCUCAGACGGUCGGUUUCGCCUCCUUUGGACGUUGUCCAUACGCACUCAGCGCCAUCUACGCCAAAUCCGAACAUACAUCACGACGACGAAGAAGAAGAGCAGGAACAUGAACAAAGACAAGAAGAGCAAGAAGAGUUAGAAGUGCAAGAAACCCAAGAAGAAGAAGAGGAAGGAGAGCAAGGAGAGCAACGAUACCAAGAUCGUAAACAACAACAACAACAGCGACAAUCACCUCAUCACCAAGAACGAGAAGGAGAAAGAAUUGGGAAAGAAGGUGAAAAUAAAGAGGAGGGGGGAGUUGUCGAAGAAGAAGAAGACGAAGAAGUCGACGUCGAUGGUCAAAUACCCCCUUCCCCAAAUCUGCAACAGCAACAACAGCACCAUCCAACGCAACAACAACAACAACAACAACAACCUUCUCCCCAAGCAAAUCUGCCUCACAAUUCAAAGGACCUUAUUAAUAACAGAGUUUGUUGCAAUUCGGAUUCAGGUGAAAACAGUCGGUCUCCUUCGAGAUCAGAGCGUCAACAGUUAUCUCCCGGUGAGGUGGUCGAUUAUCAGAAUGUGUACAGUCCAGACGGUAAUAAUUCAAUGCCUGUCGUUAACGAACGAACAAACAGCACCACCUCUCGGCGUGACCGUUAUUCUAUCAACUACCAAGAAGAGGACAAUGAUAGAAAGACCUUGUAGAACAAUGUCACAUAACGUUGAUCUUCACAGUGGAUAAAGAUGAAAAAAAAAAAAAAGAUCGGCGAAUAUGUUAUAUAUAUAUAUAUAUAUAUAUAUAUAUAUAUAUAUAUAUAUAUAUAUAUAUCACCUUUCUCUCCAUCCCACCGUAAUGCCACGAAAAUUACCCCAGCCCCGUCUUCAUGAAUAAAAGACAGCAGUUGAAUAGUAAAGAAACUAUUUUCAGAAAGGCUACAUGCAAAACUGAAAAAGAAAAGAACCUAUAAAAAAGAUGUAUAUAUAUAUAUAUAUAUAUAUAUAUAUAUAAAACAAACCAAAACGAAAUAAUAAUAAUAAUAAUAAUAAUAAUAAUAAUAAUAAUAAUAAUAAUAAUCAUAGUAAUAUAAAUGAUAUCUAUUAUUAUUAUUAUUAUUAUCAUUAUUAUUAUUAUUAUUAUUACUAUUAUGACAAACGGUUAGGUAGAGAUAAUUGACACGUCUCACCCACAACGUCUGUUUCGUGUUUUGGCAGACGUACAAAACAGAAACUAUAUACGUGUAUGAUAAUAAUAAAAAUGAUAACAAUAAAGAGAGAAAUAAAGGACUAUAAAAAUCGAAAAGCAAAACCUGUUUUUACACGACGAGAUCAAGCUACAUUUUUCAGGAAGGUCACGAGAACGGAAGCAGUUGAAAUUUUGUUUGUAACAGAAGGUUCUUGCCAGGAAUAUUCACCCCUAACAAAGGAUUCUGAAGACCACGUCUUCGUUUGACAUAAUAGACGAUGCUACUGAAUAAUAUUAAUUUUUAAAAAAACAAACAGCAACAAUAACAACAACAAAAAACAAAACAAAAACAAACUAUUACUAUCAAUAUUAUUAUCAUUAUUAUCAUUAUUAUUAUUAUCAUUAUUAUUAUUACUAUUAUUAUUAUUAUUAUUAUUAUCACAGAAAGACUUAUUGACUGCUGCAAAUAUUUACGAUGUGUUAAUGUGGUGCUUUCAUAUUUUUUUUGAUAUCUUUUCAUAUUUUUUUGAGUUAUUUUUGAUUGCUUGGUUUGUAUUUUAACUCUGACCAUAUACACACACAUAUAUAUAUAUAUAUAUGUAUAUGGGUAUGUAUAGAUGUACAUACAUAACAGUUAUAUAUAUAUAUAUAUAUGUAUAUAUACAUGCAUACACACACAUACACAUAAAUAAAUGUAUAUAUAUAUAUAUAUAUAUAUAUAUACAUACAAACACACGUACGUACAUACUAACGCUUAUGUGUAAAUAUCUAGUGUUAUGACAUUUUUGAACUGACGUCUUUGAAAAAGGAAAUUCGUUUUGUUUUCCUCCAUUCUUAUUUCACUUCCAUUCUUCAUUUUUGGAAAAUGGAAUCAAGAACCGACAGGCACCCUCUUCCGUAUACACUUACCUUCAUUUAGUAGUGACUUUCUAUAGAAUCUUUCAAAAUGCAUGGCCAUGUAAAAAAGACAAAAAUGAAUAUAUAUAUAUAUAUAUAUAUACAUAUAUAUAUAUACAUAUAUAUAUAUCACAAACAGAACAGAAAAAACAAAACGCAAAAAAUACAAUAACGUUAAUAUUCACAUUAUUCAUUUUUUUUUUUCAAAUACCGCCAUUGAUAUGAAGAAAUAUCCUGUAAGAAAAGAUGGCGAUUGCAACAGUGUAUGUUUUUAUGCGUUUGGGAAUUAUGGCGAUGUUAUGACAAACGCAUUACAAUAUAUAUGUAUCGGGUAGUGAAAAUUGUUCGGUUAUUCGGAUAAUCUUUGAAAAUCAAAUAUUUGUGUGCGUGUGCAUAUAUAUACAUACAUACAUAUAUGCAAAUGUAUGUCUAUACAUAUAUAAAUAUAUGAGGAUAUGUGACGAAAGAAUAUAUAAAUAACUAUAUAUGACAAUAUAUAUAUAUAUAUAUAUAUAUAUAUAUAUAUGACUGUAUAUAUGAUACAAAACCCGGCCAAAUAACAAAGACAAUUAAUUAAACAAUGAAAAAUCAAAAAAUAACAAUAAACAAAAUGGACCAAAAUAAAUUAUUGAAUAUCGAUCUGCGUGGCUUAAAGGAGAAGAGUAAAUAGAAAAAAUCUUUUAAAUAUGUCUACGAGUGUGCAACAUACGCAAACCAGCUCUGACGUAGUCCGGGGAUUGAAAUAAUAUCAUUAUUAAAGAAGAUGAUGAUUGCGAUAGUUUUCAAGUGAGACUUGGUGAUAAAUCGAUACCCAAUAUUCAAUCACAAAUAUGAUUUCUUUCUUCAGAGACUAUCCCAAAAAUAAAAAAAAGAGAAAAAAAUCAACCCUUUCCCCCCCAUCCUCAAAAUAUGCUGUGGAAUAUGUAAGCAAAUGGUCUUAUGCUUAAAGAUAAAA